AUGUCGUCCUCCAAUCCACCUGAUGACAUGCAAUCAGUGCAUAACCUGGGCCCCGCCGGCCAACAGGUGAUGAGCCCAAGCGCUCAGGGCUUGGCUUUGGAUGGUGAAGAUCGAGGUCCCGACUACGGCGGUGAAGCUGCUGCAACUGGAAUGGAUGGCGGUGGCCCAUGCGGGGUACUGAUGAAUGGUGUUGCUGGAUCUCGGGCUCAGCGGGUUUUUUCGACCUAUGGGUCGGUGGUGCCCCCUGACUCUGAUGUUGACACUGCACGUAUCCCUGGGCAGACUGCAGCUUCUGUUUCGGACGCUACGACAGCUGAUGACACCGGACCGGGCGCGGCGACCAACGUGGGACACACGUAUACCAGGAAUGCGGACGUACGCAUCAUGACGGCGCCGGCAGCAACUGUACAAGAGAUGACCACUACGACGACCGUGGAACAGUAUGCUGCACUGCCUGUGGCUGAGGUGACAAUGAGCUCUCAGACUAACCAUCUGGGGUUUUCUCCUCCGGAGGAGCUGUUGGAUGGGUCACCACGGGUAGCGGGUGCCAACAAUGGGCCAGUAUGGAUUGCACGCCUUGGAGAAUUUCUCCAACGCAGGGUGACUCAAGCGGGGGCUAUCUUGGAGAGGACGACGAGGCAGACUCCGACCCUUUCCCCGCCAGCGAGUUGGGCCCAGGAUCCAGGGCGCUUGUUCACGCCAGAGGCUGAGCAGGUGAUGCAGUCUUGGAAUAGGCGUGCGCCUCUCCUACAUGGUCCUGUUCCUCCUCGUGACAUUGAGUCAUCAAGUGGUUCCUUGACGCAGGAGCAGAUCCUACAAGAAGUUCAGCGGCAAGUUCAGUCUGCCAUGAGGGAUCACCAGGAGGUUCACUACGGCAACUGCUGGAAGCAGGAGUUCCUGUGCGGGACACGAAUCAACUUGAUGGUGGCGGCAAUCUGGUGGGACCUCCAGGAGAUCCUGAGCAUACGCUCGCUGCGCCUCCCGGACUUGCACGAGGUGGUGGAGUGGGUUCUGAGCUUAUGGGUGGAGGCAAUCCUGCUGGACUACCACGACACGCUGAAGUUGUUCAGGGUGAAGUUGGUGAGCAACGUGUACGUGCAGAAGAGCAAGCAAGGCAUCCAGCGGCCGCUAGUGUACGAUUCAGCCUACUUGAAGGUGAUCUUGGUGUGCAUCAAGAAGGGCAUGAACGUGGAGCGACAAGACCUGAAUCGGGGGCUUCUGCGUGUGAUCCUCUUGGCCUUGGACAUGGAAGGCAGUCAAGGGGGGCAGGAGUUUCCCAGGAGGCUCUACGUGCACCAGGACAACACCGUGGUGAAACCAGGUCUGGUUGAUCUCCCGCGUCUUGCCGAAGCAUCGGAUACGAGUGCCAUAGAUGUGGGAGACUGGCUUCACAGCCUCAUGAACCCUAUGGGGGACCUCUCCAACUCCUCUUCUUCUUGGUGGCACGCGAUCCUCACAUCCCUCGAGGCCUAUUACCAGGCAUAUCUACGAGCUUCCACUAGAGACAAGCUGAGUUUGAGGCCGGAGACGUUUGCCUGCGCUGAGGUUGGGGAUAGCAAGUGGUCACGGGUAGACAAGCGAGCGGCAUCCAUGAUCCUUGCCAGUCUUCCGGAGUCGGUGAGGGGCGAGGUUAUGGCGGCAAGACUUUCCGGCACGCUACAGAUUUUGGCUCGGGUGAUAGUGCUCUAUCGACCAGGAGGAGCAGCAGAACGACAGCAAGUGUUGAAGGCUCUGGAGAGUCCUACAGUCGCCAGCACACCCCUCGAGGCCGUGGAAGCGCUACGUCGAUGGUCUCGUUGGCUGAGAGGACUACAACCCCCAGAUUCCAGCGUGUUGCUGAAAGGCCUGGACAUGAUGGUUCGGAAGCCCAUCACGGAGAGCAGUGAGAUAUCGUUCCGCAUCGGCAUCCUCCGAUACAACCUGGAAGUGGACACGAAGCCUUGCACUGCCACGGUCAAGGAGCUACACCAAGCGCUGCUGUCUGAGUUUGAGCAGGUUGCCUUCAAGGGGAGGCAGAUGCUUCACUUGUGGAAGCAAGCAGCAUGUCCAGAAAGAGUGUCCUACACGCCCCAGGAGCCCAGCGAAGACAACACCGACGGCUGCGACAUCGUCCAAGACCACAACUACUUCUUCACCUGGCACCUCUGGCGAACCUCCUGCUUCGACAACGGCGGCUUCCUUGAAUGCCCUUCCACCAAGUACAGAGCCAAUAUGAUGUUGCGCCAGAUGACACAGAUGAACCUCAAGACCCUGACUUUGGCCACAGUGGAGCGAGAAGCAGCUUGUCGAACAGGCUUGUUGGAUUCUGGAGCGUCGCAUGCGUACAGGAUUGGGUCAGAGGAAGAGUUCCAAGCGGCCACAAAAGUGCAGGUCCAACUGGCAGACGGCAAGGAGGUUGAGCUACGGCAGACCUCAACGGGGACCCUUCUAUCCCCGAAUGAUCAGACGAGUCCCAUAGUCCCUCUCGGUGAACUCAUUGAGAGCCUGGACUGCACCUUGGAAUGGACUAGAGAUGGAAUGACGAUACAGCACCCCCAACGAGGUGAAAUUCGUCCCCGCAUGGUUGCUAAUUGCCCGACGGUGACAGAAGGACAGGCGCUGGAGCUGAUCAGGGACAUAGAGGAGAAGAAGAAUCAGUUGGUGGAUGCUACAAGAUCUUCAGCGAAGUUGCUUUGGUGCUGGGACAAGGAGCAAUCCUGGUCGCAGCAUCUGUUUGACUUCUUGGAUACAGGCUCAAGGACUGCUCAACUUCGGGCCAUGGAGGCGGAGGAUUCUCCGUUCAAGGGGCUGUCAGCUUCUGUGCGAGCUGCCUUGGCUGAGGAGGUGGUUCUCAAUGUGGAUGCUGGCGCUAAGUACGUGAAGGCUAUGCCGAUAUCAAGAAGAAUGCGGCGAACGCUUUUGGCUGCCCCUUGGACACUGCAUCUCUAUGCUGGAGCAGGCAAUCAUGGGGACUUAAAGUCUCUCGGGCCAAUGCUUGAGGUGGAUAUCCAGAUUUCCAAGGCCUAUGACCUUCGCAAAACCGCCGGAACUUACCGAGCUCUCCUCUGGUCCGCUGCACAAGGAUUACUUGAUGGUGUUGUUGGCGCCCCCCCUUGUCGAGGCACGGAGGACGAAGAGUUGGUGGCAAAGCAGAUGUGGCUGAUGAUGGUUGCGAAGGCUGCGAGGAUCAAGAGAACGGGUUUUCCGGUGUACUUGGCGAUGGAAGGAGAUAGGCUACUGGGUGAGCUCGCGAAGAAUGAAGAUGGCUGCUUACCGAAUGUGGCGAAAAUCUUCACGAACUACAAGGAUGCCAUGUGCUUGGAGACCUUGACUCCGGGCGUCCUUACCAACCUUGAUAUGCAGCUGAACGAUGAGAAUAAGAAAGCCAAUGAUGGUCGAUGGACGGCAACAUUCAAGGAGUCUCUCGCGCAGGCCGUAGAGCAGUGGAAGUUGAGGCCUGAGGAGGUUCAGAGGGCGAAAUGGAUGGCAAAGAUGGACAGCAACCCUGACGCUUUCCUCAAGGCUUUGAGUACUAAGGAGCUGGCGGCCUGGAAGACUCAUAUACGGAACAACCACAUCCCGUAUAACCGAAGAUGCCGUACCUGUGUCGAAGCAUCAGGGCUGGGACGAAUGCAUAAGAAGGUGAAGACACCGAGCUCGUACUGCCUGUCGCUGGACAUUCUCGGACCAUUACGACAACGAGGUGAAGAUCCUGAUCACCGGGAUUAUCGCUACAUGCUGGUGGGAGCUUAUCUCUUUCCUAAGCUCGAGUCCUUCAAGAAGAAAGAAGGCCAAGAAAACCCAGAACCACCACCAGCACUGGAUCCAGCGGAAGAAGAAGGUGUAGAUGAGGGCCAUCGUUUUCAUCCUGUCAUGGAAGGGAAGAGCGUCAUAGGUGGCGUGGGUGUGGAGGACCUUGUCGGGGAGCAGGGUGCCAUUUCUUUCGAUGACAUGUUUGCGGAAGAGGAGGAGGACCUUGCACCACCUCCAGAAGAAGAACUACCCGCUGGAUUGUCAGAUGAAGACUUCAAGAAGUUGUUCGGUGAGGAAGUUGGUGACGGGAACCCGGAGUUUCAAGUUCUCUAUGUGGCUCAUCCGUUGCGCACUCGGACGACAAACGAGAUCGGCGCCGCCGUGCAGGAGAUUUACCUCAAACUGCGUGCAGAAGGCCAGUCACCGCAGAGCAACGGAAGAGCGGAAGCUGCAGUCAAAUGGAUGAAAAAUCAGGCGAAACGACUUCUCCUCUCGACGCCUGUUCCUCGGUCGUGUUGGACGGCUGCCAUGACCUAUUCGGCCUGGGCGCAGAGGGAAAGAGCUAUGGGACGCGGCGCUGACCUCCUUCCUUUCGGAUCCAGGGUUCACCUCAGAUCCAAGGUCUACGGCACUGGUGGCAAGUACGAUUUGAACUCGCGGUGGAAGCCAGGCUACUAUGUGGGACCCAGUGUGGAUGUUCGCGGUGGGCAUGUGGUUCGUUGUGAUGAUGGCACUUACCUGACGUCCCAGCACUUGCGCCCGAACCUUGUAGACUCAGACAAGCUUGGUGGUAAGCCCGAGUUUGAAGCCAUCGUCACAGAGCCUGUCAGAAGAGUGGUGGGCAAGCGAAAACCAAACACGAUGGAGGAACCUCAGGAGGAGGAUGUUGAGCAUCUAGUGGACCCCGGGCAUCCCGCAGAAGAGUAUGCGAGGGUGCUGCUUGAGGAGGAGUUCCUGGAGAAGGAUCAAGUGGAAGUACUGGCGGGGUUGUUACCAAUGAAGACCGACGCCCCGAAGAGGUUUGGUGAAACAGGUGAAGAUGGCGGCUGGUGGUCGUCGGGCACUUUCGUCCAUGGAGGUGUGGCGGGGGUCCGGUCAUCGUCAUCUGCUUUCCCUUGCACUACGAGAGUCCUCACCAAGUACCUGAAGCAACUCCAACCGGAUGCCUCCUUCUCAGCGGUGGCCCUGUUUAUCAACACGCAGACGAAGGCUCACAAGGAUGUGCACAAUUUGGGCAUGAACAUCAUCACCCCACUUUCGAAGUUUGAGGGAGGAGGUUUGUUGAUGGAGCCAGCUGGGGAGGAGUCCUAUCAUCUGAACGUGAACGAAGGGACCUUGCAGUUCGACCCCAAGGUGAAACACUCUACGCUUCCUUGGUCAGGAGGAGAUAGAUUGGUCCUUGUCGGAUACCACACUCGAGGCGUGGAAAAGAUCAAGGAGGAGGACCGACAACGUCUCCAUGAGCUGGGGUUCCCACUACGUCCCAUCACAUCGUCGCCACCAAGGAUCGCCAAGGCACAGUCUAGCGCGCCAAAGACGAAGGGAUUGGGAUCACCGAACGAUUUCCGCCCUCUGCACUCAAUCAAUGAGGACUUGGAGAUGGUGCUCAAGGAUUUGGACGAACGGGCAACGAGACUGAGAGACUUGCUUGAAGAGGAGGAGAUCCUUGCAGAAGAGUACCGCAGGUGUGGAGACGUUACGAGGGAGACGCUGAACGAUACCAGAAAUGCGGUGUCGAAAUUCUUGGAGGAGACCCAUGAGCAGAUUGUGGAGAUUGAACGAGUUCGCAUGUUGAAUUGCUUGAGGAUUGCUAGCAUGGCCACAGGCAAUCAGGAGAUGGCGGAAGUGGAUUACGAGCAAUUGUUGGCGGACCUGGAAGGGGACUUGGACGUUAUCCACAAUGUGCCUUUGGAACAAGUGAAGAACGUUCUCUCACGAUGGGUGGAGGCCAUCAAAGAGGAGGUGACGGCACUCUUCAAUUCUGGCACCAUCGUCAAGGUCUCCCACCAGCAAGCAAUGGACAUGGAAUCAGCAGGGGAGCUGAAGAUGGCCCCGGCCAAAUGCGUCUUCACGCUCAAGCCUCCGAAAUCAAAGGGGGGCAAGUACCGGCGGAAGUGCCGGACCGUCAUCUGCGGGAACUACGUCGACCCCUCCAACAUGUCCUUGUACGCCUCGGGCGCUAGCACGGAAGCUCUGCGUGUGGCUCUGGUGACUGCGGCGAUGCAUCACUGGGAUGGGGCCACUGCUGACAUCGUGACGGCUUUUCUCCUCGCCACAUGGCCUGGUGACAUGCCAAAAUAUGGGAUGAGACCGCCAAAAGUAGUGAGGGAUGCAGGAGCUGCGAGUGAUGAGACGUGGGUCAUUGUGCGCCCACUAUAUGGACUCAGAGAGAGUCCAGCCAUAUGGAGCAACUUCAGGAAUGCCAGAUUGAAGGCGGCGAAGAUCAAGUUUGGUUCCCUGGAGUUGACCCUUACCCCCACGAUAGCCGAAUCGGAGCUUUGGCUGGUGAGGGAUUCCUCCAAGCGGUUGCACGGCCUUGUUGUGACGUACGUCGAUGAUUUGUUCUACUUCGGCAACACCCCGGUGAUCCAGUGCCUGCACAACUUCGUAAAAGAGGAGUGGCCUACUUCGGAUUUGGAGUGGAUCAACGAGAACACUGCCGUCAGGUAUCUGGGAGUGGAAGUGAAAAAGGAGGGAGCCAGCUACAGCAUUAGCCAGCAAGCCUACAUCAUGGAGCUGUUGCGUGCCCAUGACCUCCAGGAUGCGUUGCACACAGAACUUCCGGUACCUCGUGAAUGGCUGGAGCAGGUGGAACUUCAAGAUCCAGAGCCCGAGGAUUUCUCCGAGGAGGAGUUGCGCAUGGGCCAACGAUAUGUUGGCGAGGUCUCCUGGCUAGCCAUGAAGACGAGACCAGAUAUCGUUUUUGUGGUAAACCACAUGGCGACCCAUGUAGGACGUCGACCUCUGCAUGUGACAAGGCUUGGAAAACGAUUGAUGUCGUAUUUGGCAGCAACAGCAGGGAUGCGAUUGCGUAUGGCACCAAGGCUCGACAAGCCCAAGGAGCUCGUGUGCUACACGGAUGCGAGCUAUGCCCCGUAUGGUUCGAGGAGCUUCGGGGCGGCAGUGAUCGUUCAAUGCGGCGUUCCUGUAGCCUGGAAAGCUGGCAGACAGAGCUUCAUUACUAUGAGCGUGAUGGAGGCAGAGCUCUAUGCCGCCACCCAGGGCUGCAACCUUCUGGACUCGAUUGCAGCCAUUUUGGAUGAGUUGGCGCCAGGGGUCUACAAGCGCGUGCUGGCUAUAGACAACACAUCGGCGGCUGCGAUGUAUCGAGGUGGACCGGGGUCGCAAAGGACGCGACACCUAAAGAUCCGAGCACAUUAUCUUCGAGAAGCCACUGAGCUGGGAUUGCUGGAGAUUCGUCACACCCCAGGAGUCCAACAAUUGGCCGAUCUGGCUACCAAGAUGAUGACAAAGGUCCGCCUUCGCCAGCUCUUAGAGCUCUGGGGUUUUGUUGGGUUCAGAAUCGCAGAGACCUUGGCCACUCUCCAACUGAAGAUCCUAGCAGCCAUCCUCACAGUGAUCUCGUUGUUCACACCGGCCACCGGAAGCUCGUUGGAAGAUGAGGACUUGAAGGAGCCGAUCCCGACAAUCCACUAUCUUGAGCUCAUGUGCAUCACCGUGAUGAUAUGUGCCUCGAUCAUCGGUUGCUGGGAGGGUGCAAAACUGGUGUAUCGAUGGGGACUUCGACAGCAUCGGCGUGCAAAGAAGGCAUUGAAGUUGGAGCAGGUGAGGAAUCUGGUUUCGAGGGCGGCCCAAACUGAAGUCGCAAUCCAGGCCACAGCAGCUGAUCUGGAUGAGACACCGACGAUCAUGAUGGAAGCACCGAGUUCACGGCCGGCGACCCUACGAAGACGAGCAGCUAGCCAGAGUUCCCCUACUACCGCCCACGAUGGUCUAUCAGCUUUCUCGGAUGUACCUACGGAAGUUCGCCAAGAUGAUGCUGAUAUGAGAGAAAGGUUGCGAGUGGCUAGAGAUCUCCUCAUGCUGAUGACGGUUGAACACCUCCGACAGGCAUUGAGGAUUCAAGGUCAGCCUACGUCAGGGGUGAAAGGAGAUUUGGCAGAGAGGCUGAAGAAUUACUUCGGAGCUGAGGAGCCUCCCGCUGGCUCAAUGCUCCCGUCCACCAGGCAGCUUCGCUAUGUCCUCUACAUCUGGCGUCAUCGUAACAUCUCCGGCCGACAUCACUUGCUUUGGAGCGAGGUGUGUACCAGAGCAGAGAUCUCCAAGUGGAUUGAGACUUGGAGACACGCUUGA